AUGGAAGUAGCCCGCGAUGCCCGCGCAACCCAGCUUCCCGGCGAACUGUUAUAUAUCCAGUACGAACAUGCUCUAGAGGAACAGUAUCUGCCCGCGAUUCGGGCAUUGAUCUCGAAGGAUCUAAGCGAGCCGUAUAGUAUAUACGUUUACCGAUACUUCUUAUACCAAUGGGCGCAUCUGUGCUAUAUGGAAUUGUGUAACAAGGCACUUAACCCCGUCGACAAGUCCCUAAUGGGCGUCAUUAUCUGUAAACUGGAACACCAUGCGUCGCACUCACCUCCAACACAUCGAGGCUACAUAGCCAUGCUCGCAGUGACCUCUACAUUCCGAGGCCACGGCAUAGCCACCCGAUUGGUAAAGAUGGCGAUCGAUGCGAUGGCCGAACGCAACGCCGACGAGAUCGUCCUCGAGACCGAAGAGACCAACCUACCGGCCAUGAGACUAUACGAAAGACUGGGGUUCUUGCGGUCUAAGAAGCUACAUAGAUACUACCUCAAUGGAAACAGCGCUUAUCGGCUUGUACUUCUCUUGAAAUCGACAGAUCCCGAAACAGAUUAG